AUGCAGGGCAUAGGGACGACACCUCUCUUCCCCCUUGGACUGCACCUCCUUUCCCCCUCCCCAUCGCACCCCUUCUCCCCUGGCCGCCUCUUUCCCUCCCCCAUGCACUCACCUCCCUUUCGUGAGGGACGACACCUCCCUUCGCCCUCGGACAAAAACCUCCUUUCCUCCUCCCCAUCACACCCCUUCCCCCCUGGCCGCCUCUUCCCCUCCCCCAUGCACUCACCUCCCUUUCAUGAGGGACGACACCUCCCUUCCCCCUUGAACAGCACCUCCUUUCCCCCUCCCCAUCACACUCCUUCCCCCUGGCCACCUCUCCCCCCCCCUCCCCCAGGCACUCACCUCCCUGUCGCUCGGGACAACAAGGGGAUGACACCUCCCUUCCCGCUAGGACAGCAUUUCCUUUCCCCCUCCCCAUCACACCCCUUCCCCACUCGCCGUCUCUUCCCCUCCCCCAUGCACUCACCUCCCUUUCGUGAGAGACGACACCUCCCUUCCCCCUCGGACGGCACCUCCUUUCCCCCUCCCCAUCGCACCCCUUCCCCUCUGGCGGCCUCUUCCCCUAACCCAUGCACUCAACUCCCUUACGUAACAUACGACACCUCCCUUCCCCCUCGGACUGCACCUCCUUUCCCCCUCACACCCCGUUUCCCCCUCACACCCCUUCCCACCUGGUGA